UGUAAACAAAAAAGACGCCCAUCCGGAUAAAUCACAUACCAUAAAGGCAGACUAUCUGUAUUUAUCUCGGCAACAGCGAUACAUUUUUGUUGUCAAUGAUAUGUUUUAAUAGAAACAAGGAGCAAUGGACUUCUACAUCAAUUUGAAGGUCAAUUUCAGGGGGAAUGCGAAAAAUUUUCUCCUGUCAGGCUCGGAGACUAAGAGUUGGGAGUCAAUGGAGGCCAUGGUGAAAAGGUCCUUUGGCCUGUGUAAUCUACAAGUGACUUAUUUUGAUGAGGAGAAUGAGGAGGUAUCCAUAAACAGCCAAAUGGAGUAUGAGGAGGCAUUAAAGAGUGCAUCCAGGCAAGGGAACCGGCUGCAAAUGAAUGUGUAUGAGACCAGGGGUCAGCCCACGCGUGUGCCGGCCAAGGCCAGUGGAGGGGAGCCCAAGAGAGGGUUCCGUCCCCCACAGCACUGCCCAACCCUGGCUCAGGUGGUGAGCAGGAAGGUCCAGGCUGCUGUCCCUGAACAGGGCAUGGUGAUCAUGAAAGAACUAAAGGGGACCAAAGAGGAAGAUAAGACACCUCCAGCAUGGUUUACAUCUUACAUGGAGAAGUUCAAGGACCAAGUAGUGAGGGAAGCAGUGGAGAAGAUCUGUCGGGAGUUCUCGGGCCAGUGCUGCAUCCACAAGCCCAUUGGGGCUGAGGCCCAGAUCCCUGAGGUGACCUCCUCCACCCUGCCUGGGGGUCCUAGUUCCACCCCUGCCUGCAGCAGCUGCCGGGGCCAGACCGUUGGGGGAGGAUACCAGUGCAGUGUGUGUACAUCCUGCACGCUGUGUGAGCCCUGCAGUUUCUCCCAUGACCCCAGCCACAACCUGGUGAGAGCCAGAACACCCCUCUCCAUCCCUGAGCACGGCUCACCAGCCCCAGACCACAGCAGGUUUUACCGGCGAGGGGACCGGAGCUUCCGUAAGGCGGAGAAGCAGCGUCUGAAGGCUGAGAAGCGUCAGCUGAAGGCGGAGGUAAAGGAGAUCAGGAAGCAGCUGAAGAUGGAGAGGCGGGGCCUGCAGUGGAGUGCCGCCGGCGAUGGGAACUCCUCCCCUGUCCUGCUCCAACCCAGGGCCACCCAGGCCAACAGCCCAGAGCGUCCCAAGCGGCCCUGCCCUCUGGUGGUGCCAGCCAUGACGGCCCUGUUUCUGGAUGAGAACCUGCCUGAUGGGACUCGUCUUCGCCCAGGCACAAAGUUCAUCAAGUACUGGAAGAUGAGGAACACUGGCAGCGUGAGCUGGAGCUCUGAGACCAAGCUGAAGUUCAUGUGGGGGAACCUGGCGGUGGCGUCGGGCGACCGCUGGCGUGAGGUGGCUGUCCCUUUCCUGCAGCCGGGUCAGGUGGGCGUGGUAAGUGUGGCCCUGUGCGCCCCAGCCCUGGAAGGCUCAUACACCUCCCACUGGCGUCUGGCACACGGUGGGGAGCAGUUUGGCCCUCGUGUCUGGUGCAGCAUUAUGGUGGACCCCCUGGCCCCUGCAGCUGUGAUGGCAGAUGGCGUUCUGGUGUCGCCCUGCGUCACUCCCCAGGGGAAGAACCCCCUUUCCGCAGAUAAGGGUGGAAAGUCUUGUGCUGCAGCCUCUAGGGACCAAGCACUCAUGUCAGUGGACCAAGACGAACGAGAAUACUACAUUCCCUCUGUGGACCUGCUCACAGCCCAGGACUUACUCUCCUUUGAGCUGCUGGACAUCAACAUUGUUCAGGAACUAGAGAGCGUGCCCAACAACACCCCGGCAGAUAUGACCCCAUGCAUAUCCCCACUGCCCCAUGACGGUCCCCUGCAGGAGAAGCCCACCCUGGGGUUGAUCCAGGAGGAAGCAGAGGCCCAUCAGGCCCAGGGAGUCACAAGCAUCCAGCUAUCUCAGUGCCUGGGGCCAGGGGCGGCGGGGGGCCGGGUUCCAGCCCAGGAGGAGGGAGAGGAGGAUAUCAGCGGGACUCAAUUUGUGUGUGAGACGGUGAUGCGCUCGCUCACCCUGGAGGAGGCACCAAACCACACACCUCUGCGUGGGAACUGCCCCGGCAAGUUGGUCCGCCCGGCAGCCCAAGGUGGCGCCGCCUCCUCCUCUCUUAAAGGGAAAGGUGUUGAGAAGCAUUUGGAGGCGAGGGCGGAGAAAACCCAGGACAUAUCCCCCAUCAGCCCUGUGGCCCCAGCCCUAGCCCCACCCCAGCUGGCUAUACCAGAGUUUAGGAUGCCAGAUGAGGGACUGGAGUCCGACAUCGAGAGCAUCUGUGUGGACGCCAGCGGUGACGAAGACAAGGGUGAAGAUAAAGGAGAGUUGACAGAGGGGAAGAGGGGCCCCCGCAGCCGUUCCUCCUCGGCCUCAUCCGAGGAUUACAUCAUCAUCCUCCCUGACUGCUUCGACACCAGCCGCCCGCUGGGAGAGUCCAUGUACAGCUCCGCCCUCUCCCAGCCUGGCGACGCCCCCGACACGCCCACAGACCCCGACCGCCAGGGCCGUACCACUCCAGAGGGGGAGCACGAUGAAGCAGAAGAGACCGUUUCAGGCUCCAGCAGCGCCAACGAUAUGCUGUGCACCUCCCAGACGUUGGACGCCAUGCCCCUAACCCCUGUGGUGGUGGCACCCCCUCGGCUCAACUCGGCUCUUACACCCAGCCCAGAGAGCAAUGAUCAGACCGAGCCAGCAGCAGAGUCCCUGGACAGGACUGAGGUCUACCAGCAGGGGGAGUCAGAGGAUGGUUCCAAGCAGCCAGACAGCCAACCAGACAGCCCAUCUGCUUCUGGUGACUCAGAAGACAACUCCGAAGACCCUAGGCACCCCGGCAUCACUGGAGGCCUGGUGAAAGGAGCCCUGUCUGUCGCAGCAUCCGCCUACAAGGCUCUGUUCACUGGGCAGUCUGGCCCAGUGCAGCCCCCAGUGGACGGAGCCACCCAGGACACCAUGAUGGCGGUGCUGGUGGAGAUGGGCUUUGGAGACCGGCCGCUCAACCAGCGGCUGCUGAAGAAACACAACUACAACCUGCUGGACGUGGUCAAUGAACUGGUCCAGAUGACCGACAAUGACUGGUACUCCACCCGCUACUGAGGAGAGAGGGAGGAGGAGGAGGAGGAGGAGAAAGAGGUAACCUCUUACCUCUGACGCCUUGACCUCUUUUCUCUCUUCCUCCUCUCUUUUAGAUUUGGACCAAGUUGACAGGAGGUACAGUGAGGGAAAAAGUAUUUGAUCCCCUGCUGAUUUUGUACAUUUGCCC